UUUUAACAUGUCUCAGUGUGUUUACAUGUCAUUUUUCUGUUGAAAUGUGUCGUCAGUUCCAUGUUUUCUAAUCAAGUCAAUGUGAUGGUGAAAUGUGCAAAAAAUCUUUCACCUCCGCUAGCGAUUGCUAGUGCUCCAUGGGGCGAUGUAUCAUCAAUCGAGUGAUGUUGUCUGUCGCGAUAAGCCGACGUCGGGCUUGUCUUCUGGCAAUACUGUUACGAAAUUAUAUUCUUAUUACGCUACUGAAACAUUGCCGAAAUUGAAGAAAACGGCCAAGAAACAGAGCCCCCCUAUGAAUAGCUCGGCGAACAGCGGCGCUGCGAGCAGCACGCCCGCUCUGCCCAUUACAACGGGGAGCAGCGAGGCUGGCAGCUCCCAGAGCAACAGUCAGGAGAAGCCCAAGACCACUGUGGCAGCCCCUGAACAAGUCAUGCUGUUGUAUAUGAGCAAGCUCACUCCUUACGAGCACCACGAGAUAUUCUCUUACCCACAAAUUUAUUUCAUUGGGGCGAAUGCUAAGAAAAGAGCAGGCAGACCUGGUGUCAGUCUAUCUGAAUUCGACAAUGAACAAGGAUCUUAUAUUCAUAUCCCGCAUGAUCAUGUUGCUUACCGGUAUGAAGUACUCAAAGUCAUUGGAAAAGGCAGCUUUGGCCAGGUUGUUAAAGCUUACGAUCAUAAAACCCAUGAGCAUGUUGCUUUAAAAAUGGUUCGAAAUGAAAAGCGAUUUCACAGACAAGCCCAGGAAGAAAUUCGCAUUCUUCAGCAUCUGAGGAAACAAGAUAAAGAUAACACUAUGAACAUUAUCCAUAUGUUUGAUUUUUUUACUUUCCGAAACCAUAUGUGCAUAACAUUUGAGCUCCUUUCUAUUAAUUUGUAUGAACUGAUAAAGAAGAAUAAAUUUCAAGGUUUUAGCUUGCAGCUGGUGCGAAAAUUUUCUCAUUCGUUACUGCAAUGCUUAGAUGCCCUGCACAAUAAUAAAAUAAUACAUUGUGAUAUGAAGCCAGAAAAUGUUCUCUUGAAGCAACAAGGUCGAUCUGGUAUAAAGGUGAUUGAUUUUGGAUCUUCUUGCUAUGAACACCAGAGAGUAUAUACAUAUAUUCAGUCUAGAUUCUAUCGUGCUCCUGAAGUAAUCUUAGGUUCUCGUUAUGGCAUGGCUAUAGACAUGUGGUCACUUGGUUGUAUUCUAGCUGAAUUGUUAACGGGUUUUCCUUUAUUGCCUGGAGAAGACGAGAGUGAUCAAUUAGCUUGCAUUAUAGAGUUGCUUGGAAUGCCUCCUAAAAGCUUGCUGGAUUGUUCAAAACGAUCAAAGAAUUUUAUUAGCUCUAAAGGUUUUCCAAGAUAUUGUACUGCAGCUGUUUUACGAGAUGGAACUACAGUGUUGAAUGGUGGUCUGUCAAGAAGAGGCAAGCCAAGAGGUCCUCCUGGUUCCAAAGAUUUAAAGAAGGCUUUGAAAGGGUGCAAUGACCAGCUAUUCCUAGACUUUAUCAGUCGUUGUCUGGAAUGGGAUCCAGAAAAGCGCAUGACCCCAAGUGCCGCUUUACGUCAUGCUUGGUUGCGACGACGUCUGCCCAGACCACCAAAUGACAAAUGCUAUGAAUGUGCAAAAUUGCCUUCAUCGACAAUUAUUACAACCACUUCUUCAAGUAGUGCUACUAAAACGAGCGCAGUUGUCAACAAAGCAUCUAUUCCUAGUGCUACUUAUACGAAUAGUAAGCUACGCGGGCAGGUGUCCAGUUCUUCAGAUGAACGGUCUAGGCACAACUUAAAUAAUUCUAAUAAUAAACUUCCCAAUAUCCAAGGCGUGCAAGGAAGCUAGUAAUGCCAUGGUUAGGUAAAUAGUUUUAAUAAUCCGACAUUAGAAUACAAUUUUUGGAGUAAGCAGUUUUUAAGGAACUGGUUUGUGUUAUUUGUACUGAUUUGAUGUGCACUUAGUGCAGCUUACAUUUAUAGCUUUUAUUAAUUUUAAAUGAUGCAUUCAAUUUGCACAUAAGUAAAUUGAUAACACUGCCUUUUGUUGUUGAGUUGCUGAUCUGGCGGAAAUCAUUCUAUAACAUUUACAUUUUAAUUCAAUUGCAUAUAUAUAUAUAACAUAUACAUUUUGGGUGUCCCAGAAUUCAACAUCAA